AUGUUCAAACGUGCUUCACUUUCUCCACCACGCAAACCUCUCCCUCGUGAUCUUUUACUCAUGAAAAAGAAGGGGAAGAAAUCUGACACGAAGAGGAGCAAAAGAGGAAUUAAAAGCAAGGCUUCAUCGGAAUGUUUUGAAGAACAUAUUACUGAACCCUCAUUGGAAAAUUUCACCGAGGAAACUAAGACUGACAGCGAAGAUCAUUCAUCGAGUGCAGAUGAUGCCUUUCACAACACUGCAUGUGACUCGCUUACUUCAAAACACACCAGUGCUUCAAAUGGUGUUGUCACUACCAAUUUAUCACAAGAAGGGUGUUGCGAAGAAAACGCACCAUCACCUGAUUUGCCUGAAAACCUGUGCAAUGUGUCGAACAUACAUAAUGAGGGCGCUGAGGGCACAUCCGAGUCCAGCCAGGUCACCGACGUUAUUUCCGACGCUUUGAUGGCCCCCGCUUUGAUUGAACCUACCAGUUCUGUUCGGUCAACUUCCUUGAAGACCAAACGACCAAAGAGACGAGUUGUUAAACGACCUUCAAAUUCUGUGGACAUUUCAGUCAAUUCGCCUUCGACAUUGCAACCGCCAAACCUUUCCCAUGUAUUUGAGCCUGUGAAAGCAUUUGUCAACUCCUCCGUUACACAGUCGAUAACAUACAAUCCAAACUAUUCUUUGGAAGGCAAACGUUUGGUGAAUUCUCGACCGCAGAUCGUCAAACUAACAGAACAACUAACGGUUAGCGAGCGUAAGAUAGAAGAAUUGUUAAUGAAGACUUCCAUGCUAUCCCAAGAAAAUGUACACUUGCGGCAAAAAGAUGAGGAAAACGCUCUGGGACUGCACGUAUUACAACAGCAAUAUACGGAAUUAUUGCGCACCAACAAGAAAAUGGAUCACGAGAAAUAUUUGAAUGAAGUCAAGUUAAAGAAUUUGGAAGCUGAGAACGCAAAUUUGCGUAUUCACUUGGACCAAUCGAACACCGAGUUGACACGAAUGAAGGAUGAAGCGGGGCUGGAGACACGCGUUCUUCGCGAUAAAUUGACAGAGGUACAGGCAAAAUUAUCCAUGAUAUCUUCUUCGCCGCCUACACCGAAUCCGGAGUUAGUAAGAACACAGGAGCUGGCCCAGCACAUGUCCAACGAAAAUCGUCUUCUAAAGUCCACUCUGGAACAGAUGAAAUCGGAGUUGGCCCAAUUGCGUCAGACGAGCAGGAUGCAGCAGCAAGAAUCACAAGUGCUGCGACUAGAAAACCACAAGUUACGCGAGGCACAGGACACUGCGAUUGGAGAAUUGCGAAUGAAGCAUAAUACCGAGGUAACCGAGGCCUCUGCAAGAAUCGCUGCCUUUGAGACGCAGCUGAAACGGGAAUGUCAAGAAUAUGAAGCUAAGAAGCAGGAAUUCGAGUUAGAACUCUCCGAAACCCGGGCGAAGCUUGCUCUACAGAAAGAACAUGAGAAGCGUCUUUCUGAAAUGAUUUCCAGUCUUGAGUAUCAAUUCUCCGAGCUGAGCGCCGAAAAGCAACAGUUGAUGGAAAAUCUCAACGCGGCCAAAAUUGCCGGUGAGAGUUCUACUAGCGAGCUGCUUAUUCAAGUAGUCAGAUUAACUAAUGAUUUAACCAGAACCACUACUGAAUUGGAGACCGCUCGCCAACGAGCCGACUCAGCUACAAACGAACUAGAGUAUCUCAAGACCGCAGCGUCUAAGGUUAUCGGGAUUGAUGUCGGUAUCGACGCUCUGCAACCUGCAUCCAAUAUCGAAGUCUGGGGUUUUUCCCCGCCCGCCACCGGGACUAUGUCCGAACUUCGACAACUUCAAUUUGAACUGGAGACCACGAAGCAACAAUUGGCACGUGCCAUGGAUGAUGUCAUAUUUGCUCAGAAGCAGGAGGAACUAGCCAACACGGAGUUGGAGUGUCACAAAGCUACUCUUUUGCAUACUGAAAAGCUUUUAGCUCAACUACGGGACGUUGCUGAGGCAUCGGAGAACCAAUGGUUACGUAUGCUGGCUGAUUCGAGUUCCGAACGCGAGAAACUCCUGAUACAACUCGAGGAAGCGCGUUCACACAAAGCCCCGAAAGAUACCCAGCUCGGCGCUCAUGUUCUCUCAUCUGUUCAAACCCAGACCGUACGCUCUUGUCCAUUCACUGACACUUCACCAAAGACAAAGAACGCCUCCUCAUUGAAUCUCUGCCUCGAAAAUGGUAACACAUUCUCGUGUGAGACAACGAUCCCCGAACGACCAUGCUCCAACACCAAUGAUCAGCACAGAGAAACUGACUUACUAGACUUUGUCAACAUCGAAACCACUUACGAUAUGGAUACGGUACUGGUAGACGAUAUCAACUUCAGAACAACAGACUCCAAGCAAGGCACGGCCACGUUCAGUCAGAACCCUAUGCAUACACUGACCGAGGGAUUUCGCGCUGAAUGA